AUGUCCACCAGGGAGAUCGGGCCAUCAAGGAUUAUCAACUUCUGGUUUCCACGAAGCGUGGAAGAGUCCCCUGAGGUGGCAGUAGCCACUAACUAUUCCCCCGAGGCGGGGGUGGCAACUCGGAGAGCUCCAGAAGUGGCGGUGGCUGCUCACAAUCCCCCUGAGGCGGUGGUGUCCGCUCACGAUUCCCCAGAGGUGGCGGUGGUUGCUCAGAGUGCUCCAGAGGCGGUGGUGUCUGCUCACGAUUCCCCAGAGGUGGCGGUGGUUGCUCAGAGUGCUCCAGAGGGGGUGGUGGCUGCUCAUGAUUCCCCCGAAGUGGCGGUGUCUUCUCACGAUUCCCCCAAGACGGUGUCCGUUCUCAGUUCCCCUGAAGCAUUGGCGGCGUCCGCUCACAGUUCCCCUGAGGUGGCAGCGGCGGCGGCGUCCGCUGACAAUUCCCUGGAGGUGGCGUCUGCUGACAGUUUCCCAGAAGCAGCGGCGGCGUCUGCUCACAGUUCACCUGAGGCAGUGGCAGCGGCAUCCAUUCACAAUUUCCCCGGGGUGGCAGCGGAGUCCGCUCUCAGUUCACCCGAUGUGGUGAUGGUGUCCGCUCUCAGUUCCCCAGAGGCGGUGGCGGCAUCUGCUCUCAGUUCCCCCGAGGCGGCACCACUCUGUCUGGCUGUAUUAAUUGUGAUUUGUUAA